AGCGGGGCAAGACGGCAGUACAUCUUCAGUUUACCGAAGGGCAGCACUCGUCGCUCGGUAAAGGCUUACUGUCUCCACAACUCAACCUCACUCACCACUGUGCCACAGCUUCUGUAAACAAACCAACACUUUACAUAGAAAAUCUGCUUUUUAUGGGGAAGAGUCCUUGAUAAAUCUCACUCGACUUCACCUUUCAAUCUAAGGACUCGGUAAAAAAGUGUACCUGGAACACAGCGGGUCCGGUUUGAGGAGCUACGAGGCGUACGAACGCAAGGAACAAGACAACAGGAAGACAGGAUGAAUCUCAACAGUCAUGCCAUCUUUACCCUCUAUACCGUUUACGGCAUCCUUCUCAAAGGCAUCAGCGGUCAGCAUCCCCUGGUUCAGAAUGUCACCGUGACAGAGGGCGGGACGGCCAACAUGACAUGUCGCGUGGAGUACAACGACAACACCUCCCUCCAGUGGUCGAACCCGGCACAGCAAACUCUCUUCUUCGGCGACAAGAAGGCUUUAAGGGACAACAGAAUCGAGCUGAUUCGUGCGUCAUGGUCGGAGUUGACCAUCAGCAUCCAUGAUGCCACGCUGUUCGAUGAGGGCAUGUACACCUGUUCUCUCUUUACCAUGCCUGUCAAAACAGCUAAAGCCUACUUGACAGUCCUCGGCGUGCCGGGAAAACCCAAGAUCGAGGGCCUGAUGAAACCUGCUGUGGAGGGUGACCACAUCACUUUGACCUGCCUGACUCACGGCAGCAAACCUGCUGCAGACUUACGCUGGUUCCGGAAUGAAAAAGAGGUCAAAGGUGCUAAAGAAGUCAACGCCAGCGGGAACACCUUCACCGUACGCAGUUCGCUGCAGCUGCACGUGGACAGACGCGACGACGGAGUGGCAUACACCUGCAGGGUGGAUCACGAGGCCCUGGCGCAGACUCCACAACAGACCACCGAAGUGCUUGAGGUCCACUAUGCACCUCGGGUGGAAAUCGUCCACUCUCUCGCAGUCCCUCAAGAGGGUCAGUACCUAAAGCUGGACUGUAUGUCGCAAGGAAACCCUUCGCCAGAUCCUGUGAAGUGGACGAAAGAUGGCGUGGAAAUUUCGGAUCUAGGCCGUGUGAUCGUGGAAGGUCGCGAGCUCACAUUUACGUCACUUAACAAGACGGACAACGGCACCUACCGCUGUGAAGCCGGCAACCAUCUCGGUACCAGCAGUGCUGAAUAUGUACUCUACGUCUAUGAAGAACCCACUACCCUGCCUCCAUCCACCACACACCCCUUCCAUCCCAUCCCCCCAGACUCCACCGCUCUAAUAGGCACGCACGCUUCAGACCCCACAGUCACUGGAAACAAAGAUCCCAACGCUCUAGCCCAUCACGGCACGGACCACGCUUUGAUCGGGGGAGUGGUGGCCGUGGUGGUCUUCGUCACCUUGUGUUUAAUCAUCGUUCUGGGAAGAUACCUGGCCAGGCAUAAAGGAACGUAUUUGACAAACGAGGCCAAAGGAGCGGAUGACGCGCCCGACGCAGACACGGCCAUCAUCAACGCCGAGGGCAACCACGCACACGCCGAAGAAAAGAAGGAGUACUUCAUCUAGACUGCGGAGGGCGCUCCCCUUUGCCAUCACUCCCCUCUACCCGUCUGACAGAGAGGACCCCGCCGUGUUUCUCUUUUCGGCUUCAUCUUUCUUAAUCGUUCGGCAGCCAUUUUUCACAGGCGUAGCUGCGGAAGUUCACUCGUAUUUUUGCCCCUCGAUCUUGUAAAUCUGUAAAUCUACCAUGACUGCUAAAUUCUUCCACCCACCCCCAGUCAGACACCUGAAGACACCAACCACGAGCCCUCCCACUCCCUUAUGCUCACACACUCCACACACAUUCACACACAUAUCUCACAUCAACACGGUGCCUAAAAAUACAGACGCCAUUGAACUUGUGUCAAUGCCUUCAUGUAUCAGUCAGUAGCAAUGUAAAUGCUUUUCUAGACGGUCGCCCGUCGUUCCAUCGCUUAGCUCGCGUCAUUGUGUCUUUUUUUUUUUUUUUAUUAUUAUUAUCGUUUCAAUGAUCUCGCGCCUUAUACACUCACACUCAAUAUAUUUCUUAGACGCUCCCUCUGUCUUUAAAUAGACUUGUAAUUAAAAUGUCCAGCCAUGUAAGAUAAGACGAAGGCUUUGUGUGACACUCGUGUAGCAAGGUUGCUCAGAUACGUGUAUAGUUAUUAGAGUGAGGGUGUCGUGUGCUUCUGUUCAGAGCUGAGAAUACGCACCAAAAAUAUAGCUAACCAUGCUAGAGGAAACAUUUCAUUCAUUAAAAAUAGGACAACAUUUUCUAAGACUUUUUCUGUAUAUUCCGGCAAUCGGUGGCCUCUUUCCGUUUCCUCGUAACGGCUUCGGGUCGACUAGCUGUAUUUAAGUUGGUAAAAUCAUUUCCGUCAUAUUGAAAAUAAGGGUGAGUAUCCCCGGAAAUGUAAAAUUGGGAAAUGAGUCAAAAAUUGCAUUAGUUACAUUAUGUACAGGGACUUUGUGAUGAAUACAAUUAUUUCUGUAAAUUCUCUUUUGAUGUGCACUUCAACUAGCAGGUGGAUAGUGGAUUUUUUUUCUAUAGACCAAAAUAGAAAAAAAGAAAAAUCUUAAAUUAAGCAUUUUCCAUUUACGCGUGUCACUGCAAAAUAGCAAGUCCACCAUAUGUGCAUGGAGCUCACAUGUGCGCAGUGACAAUCAUGUAAAAUAUUGACAUUUGAAUCCCCCAUAGGGAUGCAUUUUUAGAAAAAGAUGCCCCCACCCCAAAAAAAAUCAUGAUUCCAUUACAGUGGUACCUCGACAUACAAAUUGAAUUCGUUCCAGGAGCUGGUUGGACAUUUCGACACAUAAAAAAAAACAAGAAAAGCAACGAGAUCGAGAAUACAUUCUUUCAAAUGACAGCAAGUCAGUAUCUUGGCAACCUGCCUAGGAUCGGUUUAAAGACACUGCUGAUGAUCUGGAAUUGGAUGAGGGUACGACAUCGGGAACUCAUCCACAGCUCUGUAACAAAACAAUCUGAUCAGCAGCAGAAUGUGACAAAAUCAUGCCAGUUGUCAUCGUAGCUUCGCUUGCUAGGUAGCACAGCUAUUCUCCCAGUCCAGGCCUAAUACGCUAUCACCCCGAGCGUCUAUUGCGCGCAUUAAACAUGGCGCCCUCCGCAGGUCAAAACAUGUACUAAAUAUUAUUGAUUUUUUUAAAAUCAAUGGCAAUAUUUUAUUAUUUAUAACUCUGAAAUGCCUUCAAAUCAAUAGAAAGUGACCUGAUUACAACAGGAAGUGGCCUGAAAUCAGCAGGGCGUGACCCCAAGGGGUUGAGCUGCCAAAGAAAAGCUACCAUCGCAAUUUCUCCAGAAAUUGCUUUUUCUAGUUGUAGUAUUGUAUUGUUAUUGAAAUACAGUAAAUGUCAUUAUAAAUGUACAGUUACCGAAAAUAGACUGAUUUAAGUUGACUGAAUGAAGUACCUCGAACACCAUCUUGACAAUACUGCCCCAAUCUCGGGGAUGUAAAAUAAUAAUAAUAAUCCGUGUCUUCAGACUCGGACCCAUUAUUGACACACCUGACAGGUUGCUGUGGCAAGGAAGGCGUCAUCUAGCAUGGAGUGACGUCACGGACAGUUAAAACCUAUUUGAGCUGUUCAGGCUAAGAAGCAUCUUGUCCAUAUCUGAUUUGAAACAACCUCCCGUAUGUGGUUUCAAUCCGUCUUGCAAAAAUCAGAUUCCUUUGCUUUGUGACUGUUCAGACUACAAAAAAGCUAUCCGGUUUCAAUCUGGAUAGGCUAAAAAUUGGAGUUUGGCUGCGAGUCUGAAUAAGGCCUAGAUUUUGUCACGUCGUCCAUUGUGUUAUGUAGUGAUGCGAGCGGUAUAUUAAUGGCGCAAGAUGGAGGCAAUUGUUAUCAGGGGUAAUGGAACAGUUGGCCUCAAUAUCUCGGCAAGCUGCCUAGGAUCGGUUUAAAGACAUUGCUGAUGAGCUGGAAUUGGAUGCAGGUAUGACGUCGGGAACUCAUCCACAGCUCUGUAACAAAACAAUCUAACCAGCAGUAGAAUGUGACAAAAUCACGCCAGUCGUCAUACUAGUUUGGCUUGCUAACCAGCACAGCUAUUCUCCCAGUCCAGGCCUAAUACGCCAGCACCCCGGGCGUCCAUUCUGCGCCUAAAACAUGGCGCCCUCCGUAGGUCAAAACAUGUACUAAAUAUUAUUGAAUUUUUUUAAUCAAUGGCAAUAUUUUAUGUGUUUCUAAUAACGUAUUUCAGUAAAAGAACAAUUGUGGCUUAUUAGAGCCUAAAAUUCUUUUAGUCCGAGCUGCAGGUACAGUAGAGGUGUGCGAAAUUUUCCGAUUCUUAGAUUAUUCGCGAUUUGGCCGAGGAAGAUUCAAAAACAUCCAAAUUCCGAUUAUUGAAAUAUGUCAAGUAAAGCGGAAAUAAAACACUGUCUUUGGGACGCGAUGAGGACUGGACCGAUAGUAAACAUCAUGCUUGUCAUUACCGUAAUGACAAUGCUCAACUCAUGCCGCUAGAUAAAAAAACAAUAAUACCUGACGGCUGCCGACAGCUGCUACAAACUACGUCCACAUAAUGCUACGGUAGAUGAUAGGUAUCACAAGUAUAUGGAACUAGAUGUGAAAUGACAGACGGCCGGCAAUAGUAAACAGCUGCCAUCUUAAAGCAGUAGACUUCCCUGGAAGGCUGUCGUAGCGAACCUUCCGAGCAAACUUAACUAACUCUUUAUCUAAAAUACUCCUAAAUUGGCAAAAUAUUGACUUGAAUCUAUCUUUAAACAGUUUUUAAACUUUCACAUGUCGAAAGUAGACAGAAUAUAAAUUAUGGAAUAACGGGAGCAAUUUUAACAAUUUUCGCAAAUUGAAUGUAGUAUAAAGCAGCUACACAGAAUGGGGACUUGAGUAUUUUAUUUUCUGUUUUGAACUGUUAACUUGAUACUGAAAUAGUCCUUUAUUUAAGCCUGAGGGGCUUUUUGUACAAUUUUUGUAACUAAUGUACGAAUCAUUAAAAGCAGCUAAUAACCUGGACGGCGGGGGAUCAUCAGUAAUCGAUUUAUAAUCGAAUCGUAGCCUCUGAAUCGUAAUCAUAAUUUAAUCGUUAGUUUCCCAAAAAAUCCCACCUCUAAUUAUAAGUAGCAAUUACACAUUGCAAAACAAACACUGUAAAAUAUGAUAGGUUGACUUUACUUUAAAAAAAAAAACCAAAUGCAAACUUGCUCUCUUAGUAAAUGUAACCCUUUAACACCUGAGCCAAUUUUGUCCAAAUUUGCAUCAUCCACAAUGGCCUGGUUGGGUCCCUUUUUUGAGGACACCAUAACCUUCAUGUCCAAACUGUUGUUUUCUUCACUGACCAAUUAUCAACAUUUUCGACCCAAAAAGACAACAACAACAAAAAACUAAAUUUUUUGUCAAAAUUUCUAAUAUUAAUGUCGUAUUGACAACCAAACAUGCCCAACGAAACAUUUUGAAGCUUGAUAAUAUACUAGGGCUGUUAAUCACAGCUAAAAAAUUAAUCGUAAUUAAUCGCAAUUCAAACCAUCUAUAAAAUAUGCCAUAUUUUUUCUGUAAAUUAUUGUUGGAAUGGAAAGAUAAGACUCAAGACGAAUAUAUACAUUCAACAUACUGUACAUAAGUACUGUAUUUGUUUAUUAUAACAAUAAAUCAACAAGAUGGCAUUAACAUUAUUAACAUUCUGUUAAAGCGAUCCACGGAUAGAAAGACUUGCAGUUCUUAAAAGAUAAAUGUUAGUACAAGUUAUAGAAAUUUUAUAUUAAAAGCCCCCUUAAUGUUUUCGUUUGAAUAAAAUUUGUAAAAUUUUCAAACAAAAACUAGUAGCUCGCCAUUGUUGAUGUUAAUAAUUACACAAUGCUCAUGGAUGGUGCUGAAGCCCAUAAAAUGAGUCGCACCCAAGCGCCAGCAGUGGGCGAAAAAAUACCAAAAAACACAAGUAACAAAUGGACAUGACAGUCAUUUUAAUCUGUUUGAGCGGGGCAUGUGCGUUAAUUGCGUCAAAUAGUUUAACAUGAUUAAUUAAAAAGAAUAAUUACUGCCUGUUAACACAAUAAUUUUGACAGCCCUAUAAUAUACAAAAACAAAAAAAUGAGACUGAAUAGUUUUAUAUUUCAUAAUUCAACAGAAACAGCAGCUAUGGUCAUCAGCGUUCUUGUUCUUUCUACAUACUAUGGUCAAAACAGGUUAUAUACAGUAGACCAACAAUGUAAAAUCAGGUGACUAUGUAUCCUCUAACACAAAAAGUGUUAGGUAUUGCAGCUAUCACCCAAAACAACGACAAAUCUGGCCCACCCUCUUCCUCGAGUUGAUGAAAUAAUGCGUUAGCUUGCGCUAAAUUUAGUGUUCGAUUCAUUCCGCACAUUUCAAAGUCGCUCGCUCAAUCCAACCUGCUGUCGCUCACUACCUCACCUCCCUCUCCUUAGGUGGCACCUCUUUUGGCAAUUUAUUAAAAAAGUUAGCAUUACGUUUGUCCUUCGUGAUGUCACAAUGACUCCUGGGAUAUGUAGUUUUUGUGGUGCUUUCGGUUUUGAAAAAGGACAAGAAAUGAUUUAACUAUUGACAUAAAAAUAUGUUCCAUGCAGCGUUAUAAUGUUUAUUUACGAGGGCAAUUAAACUAUAAACCUAAAUGACAUUAUCUCCCGUUUUACUUUAAGGUCGAUUGACUUCAAGUAAAAACGAGAGUGAACCUCAACUUCUGCACUUUUAAACGAAACCAACCAGCGGCACGUGGGUGACAAAUUACAAGGUCACGAGGCUUCAACGUUGAUAUGCUUAAACGUGUCACUGCCGACACAGCCUGUGUUAAAGGGUUAAUCAGAUGCAAUUUACCUAAUUAUUUCAAGUUUUAAGGACUAAAUUAACUUUAAUAUUUGGAUUCUAGUGAAUUGUUUAGUUUGAAUUUGCAGUACUCAAAAUAACUGACACAAAAUGACAUCUGUCAUAAGUAUUCAUUAAUGCUCAUGGCAGUGUCAUGUCAUAAUUAAGAUGGUCUCAUGACAGUUUUAUGGCGCCACUGUCAAAUAAAGUGUUACCAAAUAUCAUAACUAGCAAAAUAAUGAAACAAUUGGAACAGUAACUGCUAAUAAGCAGAGAACUUGAAUUUUUAUUGCUAUUUUCAUCUGUAGCGCUGCAAUGCAUGCUAGGAGGAAUGUUGGACGACAACAGUGUUUACAGCAGGUGGCAGCAGAGGUUGACUGUCUCCUCCAAGGGAGCAGUGAUGGCCAAAUGAAGCUUCUUGAAGCAAUACAGCUUUCCCGCCAAAUGUUUCGAAGCUUCAUGGUGGUUCAUUUGCUCGUAUGACAUCUAAUGAUGCCACUGACAAAUAAAUAAUAAAUAAAUUACUCUUACAAUGAGGUACCUGAGUUACUGACUUAAUUGCCUUUUGGGAGAAGUAAUUAGUAACUGUAACUAAUUACUUUUUUAAAGUAUGAUUAACAACACUGCAGUGCACCUGCACUAACCUUCUUGGAACCCAUGAUGAUUUCUCACAGAUGAUGAGUCCAAUUUUACGUCGUAUGUCGAAAAAAAUGGUAUGUCGAUUUGUUUGUAUGUCGAGGUACCACUGUAUAUUGCAUUCCAUAAAUUUAAAAAAAAAAUCAAAUAGUCUGAUGAGAACAGGCUCUCCAUUUCUAGAAUGCCUUGUGUGUCACUGAUGCGAAACUCACUCGGUAUUUCCCGACCCAAUUUCAGACAAACAAAAGCACAAAAUGGAGUAGCGUGUUCCAUCGUAAGCGGCACGUUUGCCUCGUGGGUGGUUAUUUUAUUCAAAUUGACGGUGGAAAGGGGACAAAUCUUUCCAAUUUGUGAAAAGAGAGGAGAAAACACACAAAAAAAUCUUUUUUUGAAGGGAUUUAAACUCCUUGCUGUGUAAUGUCUGCUCAAACGUGUUUGAUUGUGAAAAUUGCUGUGGAAUUCCAGCUCUUUUUGUAUAUUAGCAACUUUGAUCCAGUGUUGUGUUCAUUUUCUUUUUCAAUCUGUCAUUGCAUAUCUAGCCAAUUUUUACAAUUUGUUCUGGCACAAGGCAUGUAAAUAAUAAUGUAAGAAACUAAAGUGGGUGAAAAGUUUUCGAUGGCCUCCUUUCCUGUUUAAGUGACUCGAAGAGAUACGUUUCAAAACGUAACACGAUAACGGAAAACGGAAGUGUUUGUGGUUGUUUAUUAAGGAUGAGCGUUUGAUCGCAUAUCUUGUUCUAAUCGACUUUUAUUUUGAACAAUUUCUCUGAAUGUUCGGAAUUCCUGCUUUAAUAAAGCCAUUAGCAUCUAUCCAUCUAUAGUAAAUUCUACGUUUAUAACUAGAAACUGCAAUUUCUGGAGAAAUUACUAUGGAGCUUUGCUGUGACAGAUGCAGAUCUAAGACCCGCCCAGGUUGAUUUGGGGACAUUUCGGGGACAAGAUCAGGUCACCUUCUGUUGAUUUCGGGACAUUUGCGUGAGGAAAUAGCAGCCUAUGAGAACUUUAAUACGCGUUAAUGAUUGUUACAGUUGGUUUUUAAUCCUAUCUUGCCAUGUUUUUUGUAAACAGCAAGUCCCCAGAUCACGAACGAAUUCCGUUCCGACGCAGGCAAUGUAACUCAAAUUUCCACGGAAGUUGGAAUUACCUAACUAAUCCCUAAUUCCCCGGAAAACCUUAACCCCUAAACACCCCCUAAAUCUCAAAAUAACUAUCCAAAAACAUGUAUUAUACGUCAUUGUACUGACCUCGCUAAAUCUUAGCUGGACAGCUAAACUGUAAUCUUUCCCCUCUCUCACUCGGCUGCGCGACUUCUUCAUAGAAGCAAAUACGCUCUUCUUCGUGUGCGCAAAUACGUCCUUGAUGUGUACAUUCAGUCUACGUGCUCUUGGCUUUCUGCAUUGUAAUAAAAGCAAGCAUCACAAAAAAAGUUAACAUUAUAAUCAAAUACACGUAAGCCUUCACCAAAGAGUAGGACAGUCAUAUCAAUAAAACAAAGUACAAAACUAAUUACUCUGAGGUACAAUAAGGUACUGUUUACACGACAAAAAUAACAAGGACGACUGGAGACAAAAUGGCGGACAAGACUCCAGCGACUUCAAGUCGUGUACGUCGGGGUUCCCGGGGACUUCUUGUAUUAGUUUUGUUGUGCUGUUACAUCUCACUUCUGGGUUUUAGCUUCUUACAGUAAUUCUCGUGUGACGCAGGCAAUCUUUCGAAUAACCUCAAAAAAAUUACCAUUCACGGCAAAAGUUUUUGGGGGGGGAAUAUUUUUUUUUUUCAAAAUGUAUCUCGUCCUACAAUUUUUAUCCAAUUAAACAUUUAUACAGGUAUAUUUUUUUCAAAAUGUAUCUAGUCCUACAAUUUUUAUCCAAUUCAACAUAAAUAGAAAAAUUCAGGAAGGUCAGGGGCAUAAAAGUUGUGGACAAAAAUUUGCCAAAAAAAAACUACGGUUCACCCGAAAUUCACCAAAAACGUUGUUUCUAGUGGCCAAAAUUUCCCUCUUCAUUUUCAAUGGCAGAAAAACAUGGGGGGGUGUGAUUUUUGACCAAAAACUUACCAUUACAGCCCAUUGACAUUCAACUGGCACCCAAUUAAGUCAAUGCCAUUGAUAGCAAUGUAUGGCAUUGCCAUUGACUGCCAUUUAUGUCAAUUCCAUCGACAGCCAUGUAUGUCCUUGCACAUGACGGCCAUGUUUGUCAAUGCCAUUGACAGCUAUGUAUGUCCUUGCCCAUGACGGCCAUGUAUGUCAAUUUGAUUGACAGCUAUGUACGUCCUUGCCAAUGAUGGCCAUGUACGUAUGUCGAUGAUUAUUGAUGCCAAUCUGCUUGGAUUCCAUUGACAGCCAUGUACGUCCAUGCCCUUGACGGCCAUGUACGUCAAUGCCAUCGGCGGCCAUGUAUGUCCAUGCCAUUGACAGCCAUGUACGUCCAUGCUAUUGACAGCAAUUUACGUCCAUGCCAAUGACAGCCAUGUACAGUAUGUCGAUGCCAUUGACAGACAUGUAUCUCAGUUCUAUUGAUGACAAUGUACUUGGAUUCCAUUGACAGCCAUGUGCAUCCUUGCCAUUGGCAGCCAUGUAUGUCCUUGCCAUUAAAUCAUAUGUAAGUUGAUGCCAUUGACGGCCAUAUACCUCAAAAUAUCAACAGUAAAUGACCUGAUAUUAAUUGGAACUGACCCUGAAAUGCCCUCGAAUCACUAGAAAGUGACCUGAUAUCUAUAGGAAGUGGCCUAAAAUCAGCAUUACGUGACCCCAAGGGGUUUACCUGCGAAAGCAAAGCUACCAUCGCAAUUUCUCUAGAAAUUGCCAAUUUCUAGUUGUAGAUUGUCUUGUUAUUGAAAUACAGUAAACGUCAUCAUAAGUUAAUGAGAAUAGAUUGAUUUACGUUAACUGAAUAAGGUACCUCGAACACCACCAGGACAAUAUUGCCCCAUUUUUUAAAAAAAAUGUUAAAUGUAAAAAAAAAAACCUUAAACAGUGUGUUCAGCCUGAGACACAUUAUUGACGCACCUGACAGGUUGCUGUGGCAACAAAGGCGUCCUCCAGCAUGGAGUGACGUCACGGACAGUCAAAACCCAUUUGAGCUGUUCAGAAGCAUCUUGUCCAUAUCUGAUUUGAAACUACCUCCCGUAAGUGGUUUCAAUCCGUCUUGCUAAAACCAGAUUUCUGUGCUUUGUGACUGUUCAGACUACAAAAAAACUAUCCAGUUUCAAUCUGGAUCGGCAAAAAAUCGGACUUUGUCUGCGAGUCUGAACAAGGCCUUGAAUUUGUCACGUCGUCUAUUGUGUGAAACAGUGAUGCGAGCGUUAUAUUAAUGGCGCAAGAUGGAGGCAAUUGUUACCAAGGGCAAUGGAACAGUUGGCCCAGCUGUCUCCAAUUUGGUGACCAAUUUCCAGCAUUAUGCAAAUACAGUCAGUAAGUAAUGUCUUUGUCACCGAAUGAACUCAUACACCGCCGCAGCGUCUCCUUGAGUGGAACAUAACAACACUCACUUACGUAGUUGGUAACGCAGACAGCUGUUUGCGUUAGUCUGCGUUAGACUUGGCCGAAUUAAGAAAAAGGUUAUCGUUCUGCUUCAAUUUGACAAUUUCACGCUUUCAGCUGAGAUUAUUGUGAGAUUUGACUUCAAAUGUGCUCGGUUAUGUUCAAGACAUACGUUUGCUAGAACUUUAACAAGUACCGUGUCAGAAAAAGCGCCCCUUGACAUUUUGUGUCAUUGUACAUAAUUUACGGUAAGAAUCCAAAAAAUCUCACAUUAAGGCAGUGCUUCUCAUUAUUUUCUGGCCCCCCCCCCAAAAGGGAAGACGUAAACGUUUCACGCCCACCCCCCAACUUUAAUAACAAAAAACAACAACUAAAUACUUAUUUAAAAACAUAUAUAUUAAAGCAACACUAUGUAACUAUUCAAUUUUCGUUGAUUUUAGCGACGCCGGUGGACAAAAGCAGUAGUGUUUUGCCUUAAGGAAGACUGUAUUUCCCAUUAGAACCAGCGCACACCCGCACAGUGUCGUAAAAUACUCAAACAAUAAAAAAUCUAUCUCCAGGUCACCUGCAGAUGGAUUUAACGACAUUUUUCCAUGUUUCCAGCGGAUGUGUGAAGGAUGAAUAGUAAUCAGGUAUUAAAUCCAGUUGUGGCUAAACAAUAGCAUAUGACAGUUAGCAACCUUGUGGCUAAACCCCCACCCCACCCGAACUUGAAGGGGUGGUUCGUCAACCCAGCGAGUAAAAUCCAGGCCAAUGUUUAUUCUUGAGUAGCCCGGUAGCCUCCCUUUUUUUUUUUGCCUCCUCAGACAAAAGUUUUUUGUCUCUUUUGUUGCUCUGCCAUCUUUGAGAAUUUGCGCGAAAGCGUUCACAUCGACUUCCGUCUUUAUAAUGAAUGGGGAAAGGGGGAAGUGACAUAUGACGUAAAGCAGUCAGCACAUUUGUACUUUUUGUGUGGCAGGGUCCCUGCCACCUUCCUCAAAGUUAAUUAGUGCUGGUGAAAGCAAUACAGACCCCCUCAAGAUAUAAAAGAGGUGUCAUUCAACAUAUCAUCACAAAUGUGAUCAGCAUGCGCAAAACGCUUUACAUUAGGAAAUACAUUACCAAUAGUACUGCUGCCAUGCAAGGCAUUGCCUACCCAUUGGAAGCAAAUUAGGAUUCAGUGCUUUGCCCAGUGGCUGUCCGACAGUUGGCAGUCAUUGCCGGGAAUUGAACCGCUGACCCAUUGGUCCUGGGACAACUUGAACUACCAGCUGCGCCACAGCACGUGGUUGCUGUUAGGCCCAGCGGCAUCCGCUGCUCGGUAGGGAAAGAGACUAGAGUGCCAGAAGUCAAGUCUCCAAACACAAGCAGCCACAACGAAAAAUAAACCCACUAGAAAGCAACUGUCACUAGGAUGUUUAUGAAAGUCUCAGGUUCAACUCAGAACAAUGGAAUGAAAAUUGAAAAAUGCCUCCCAUGGGUGUUAAUACGACAAGAUCAAAGUUACAUAGUGUUGCUUUCAAGAAAAACGUAAUAUAGAUUGAUAUCCGAUAAAGUAUAACUUUAUUAACAUUAUUUUGUUUGUAACAGAAAAGAAAGUGCAUCAAUUUGCCUGAAUAAAAAAAAAAAAACUAACUAAAAAUACACUCAAGGUACAUUUUUUGACCGUUUGAUACUGAAAAAUAAAAUGUAACAAAAUCAAUAAAUAAUAAUAAAUUAAAAUUGAUUAGUAACAUUAACUCAUGAGGAAAAUAUGCCAAACAAUUUGAUCGAAAAAACAAAAAUUAAUCGAACAAAAACGACAAGUAUCAUUGGACUAAGCAACUUGGUAUGCCACCUUAUAUGAUGCUAACAAUGUUCACUAUUUUACUGAUGUAAUGCUGACAAAGCAGGACGAUUGUUGGCAAUAUUUAGCACAUUUUCGCUAGGAAAAAAGCAGUUUAUCAAUGUGAUUGGGGUCUAAUGUCCUUAAGUGACGUCUUAAUUGAUUUAGCUCCCUGCUGUCCGCUGCAAACUUUUUUAGUCACGGUAACCACACUGGUCUUUCCUCAUCUCCCACUGUAUUAAAAGUCAAAGCCAAACGCAACACACACUUCGUCAUAUUCCCUCAUCCUAGCUCUUCAUAUCUCCAGUGCUCUUUGCUGUGUGCUUCUGUUUGGUUCAAAACUACUGCGCACACUCUGAAAAUAAGAGCGCCACUGCCACCCACUGAGUGGAAUUGCAAUUACAAUUUAUUUUAGGGGCCGUUUACAUGGUGACUCUCCGAGAACACGAAAAAUUUCAAAAUUUGCAUUUAUAUGGGCCUGUCUCCGUUCCAACAAUGUCGCAAUUCCGCAUGAAAACAAUGUAGUAUUCCUGCCAGGCCCGAGGGGGCAGUGCAGAUUUACAAGGCGACAGCGAAUGAUGCACUUUGACCCCACCAAAGUUCCUCAGCCCGGAAAAAAAUAUGCCCGCCCACUCGAAGCGAUGGCAUUUUUCUUUUGUUCAAAAAGGCACAAAAAUGGAAACAUUCAACAUAUUUAAUUUAAAGUAGGGCUGUCAAAAGAUUUGAAUUUUUAAUGGAGUUAAUUACAGCUUAAAAAUUAAUUAAUCGUAAUUAAUCGCAAUUCAAAUCAUCUCUAGAAAAUGCCAUAUUUUUCUGUAAAUUAUUGUUGGAAUGGAAAGAUUCCAAGAUGGAUAUAUACAUUCAACAUACAGUACAUAUGUACUUUUUUUGUUUAUUAUAACAAUAAAUCAACAAAUAUGGCAUGAACAUUAUUAACAUUCUGUUAAAGCGAUCCAUGGAUAGAAAGACUUGUAGUUCUUAAAAGAUAAAUGUUAGUACAAGUUAUAGAAAUUUUAUAUUAAAACCCCUCUUAAUGUUUUAGUUUUAAUAAAAUUUGUAAAAUUUUCAAUCAAACAAUAAACUAGUAGCUCACCAUCAUUGAUUACGCUCAUGGGUGCUGAAACCCAUAAAAUCAGUCGCACCCAAGCGCCAGCAGAGGGUGACGAAACACAAAAAACACAAGUAACAAGUGGACAUGACACUGUGCUGUCAUUUUAAUCUGUUUGAGCGGGGCAUGUGUGUUAAAUGCGUCAAAUAUUUUAACGUGAUUAAUUUAAAAUUUUAAUUAACGCCCGUUAACGCGAUAAUUUUGAUUGAAAAAUAUUAUUAAAACAGUAAAUUAAAUCCGACAUUCCGCCAUAUUUGCUGUUUUUAAUGUUUAGCAGCACCGCUGCGCAUGCCCAAUGUGACGUGUAGGAGUGCUGACGUUAUCGGCGCCGCGGGAGCCUUUGAUAUGCAUGCGGAGCAAGCCCCCCUCAAUCCCCCGCAAUCGAAUUCUUCCACUUUGGAGGCAGGAUUCAGAAUUUUUCGUCUUCGCCGACACCGUAUGCACGCGAGGCCACUCCGCAACACAGGCAUUGCGUCUUCGUGUCGCAGAGUCGCCAUGUAAACUGCCCCUUAUUAUGACCCUUGGGGGGUGAGCACCCCACUAUUUGAGAAGUACUGCAUUAAGGUAAUAUAAGGUUUUACAAACACUGCUCGUGAAGAGUAAUAAGGUGUCCAACAUGAUCCACCAAUAUCGUAGAGGAUUAAUACAUAUUAUGAUGUUGCCAUGACAGCGCUAGUCUCCUUAUGACCUUCUGAAAGCCAGUGUGUUUUCAAUGAUCCUUUAUAGUUUUUUUUAAACAUACUGUGGCUUUUGAGCGAACUUGUGUCGGCAGAGAAAAGGGCUCAAUUGUGGGUCAAAAGAGCUACAAAUCUCUCUUAUUCACUGCCUUUCUGUCUAUUCAUCAACACGCUAUCACUAGCACGUAUGCGUCCAUUAGUUGCGUGUAAUGUUUUGGAGACAGGACAGCACGAAGUGAGUCACAACUUGGGAAACAUUCAAUAAAUCUGCUUUUAUCUUUGCCUGUCACUGCUGAGGCAUGUUUGAUUUAAAAGCGUCAAGUGCUGCUUUCAAACGACUGCGCGCAUCGUCGCUAGCGUGCGGGCUGCCCGUAAUGCAUUCGCACUACUGUUGUGUUUGUGGAGAUGAAGUUUUAUACUUUUUUUUUUUCAUUUAAACAAACAGCAUUUUGGUUAAAAACGCAUUGAAAACAAAUAAAUUUGUUGUUUUAUGGAAUACGACAUAAUACUAGCCUAAUGUAUUGUUUUCCUUUCAUACCUGUGCAGAUUGUCAGUCAUUCAAAAUAGGUUGAAUGGUGUCAACUUCUAUUUGUUGAUUUUUUUGUUUAAAAUAGUGUAGGCAGUUAAGCUAUUUGACUAACCAUAUGCAGGUGUACCUUCCUGAAUUGUGCACUUAGACAUUGAAUGCAUCACACUUUGGAGUUUUUUUUUUCCACACAUGUGUCUGACUAAAGCUGACUUUUUUUUUUUUUUUAAGUUGUCAUUUUUACAAGCUGACUGAUGACUUCAAGUUCAGUUGUAUCACAUCUGGGUCAGAUUUUUAGUUUUUUUCUUUCUUUUUUUUAAACGAAGCUUUAAAACUCUUGCCCUCUCGCUAUCUACUGCAUCGAUUCCAUGAGUCAUGGCUGGCCUUCUUUUAUUGACUCGGGCACGAAGCUGAGCAAUGACACAGUCAUUGGCAUUUGAAGCUAAGAACAGUUUGGUUUGGGUUUUCUUUCUUUUUUGCAAAAAUACUGUCGUCUGUAACUCCGGCACAUAAAUGCACAUAUGGUUCUGAAAUCAUGUACAUAAACGUCCAAAUUUGUUCAACUCUGCCAUCUCAUACAGUAUGUAUUUAUGUGUAAUACUCUUGGACUGUAUUUUUUUUAUUAUUACUAUUAUAUCUUUUUAAUUGCUUAAUUGACUUUAAUGUCAUGGUACUGGAAAAUCACGGCCUUACGAUCACAAAACAUGAAGUAUAAUCGGUCACUUUAUUUGACGAUGGGUUCAUAAGACUGUCAUGAGACUGUCAUAAUUAUGACAUGACACUGUCAUGAGCAUUAAUGAAUGCUUAUGACAGAUGUCAUGAAGUGUCAUCCGGCAAAUUACGUCACUUAUGUCAUUAAUUAUGUCACUUUUGAAUGGAUAUAAAAGAUGCGGACUGUACGUACUGGAAAUGGAGUCAUUGGCAUCUGUCAUAAGCAUUCAUUAAUGUUCAUGACAGUGUCAUAUAGUAAUUAUGACAGUGACAUAUUUUGCCGUAUGACACUUAAUGACAUCUGUCAAAUAAAGUGUUACAGUAUUUUUUUUUUUUUCGGUAACACUUUAGUUGAUGGUGGGUUCGUAAGACUGUCAUAAGACCGUCAUAAUUAUGAUAUGACACUGUCAUGAGCAUUAAUGAAUGAUUAUGACAGAUGUCAUGAAGUGUCAUCCGGCAAAUUACGUCAUUUACUCCAUUUAUAUCCAGACCGCAUCAAAAUUUGCCGGAUGACAUUACAUGGCAUCUGUCAUAAGAAUUCGCUAAUGCUUAUGACAGUGUCAUGUAGCAAAUAUGACGGUGACAUAAUUUGCCAGAUCACACAUGACAUCUAUCAUAAACAUCCAUUAAUGCUCAUGACAGUGUCAUGUGGUAAUUAUGACGGUCUUAUGACCGUCUUAUGAACCCACUGUCAAACAAAGUUUACCGUAUAAUAUUUUUUUUUUGGUAACACUUUGUUUGACAGCGACAUAAUUUGCCAGGUGACACUUCAUGACAUCUGUCAUAAACAUUCAUUAAUGCUCAUGACAGUGUCAUGCCAUGAUUAUGACGGUCUUAUGACAGUCUGAUGACGCCACUGUCAAACAAAGGUUUUUUUGUUGUUGUUUUUUAAUACUUCAUUAGUGGUUGAAUUAUCAUUCCAGCUGUUUGUUUUGCAUCUCAGGAAUAUACUUCUAUUUUAGAGAUUAUUUUGUUGCUCAUUUUAAAAUUAGCCCUCAAUAACGUGAGGGAAAUCUCACUUAAUAUUAGUGAUGUUGACCUAUGGGAAACAAGCUGAAUAUAACCAAAUUUGAACUUUCCUCACUAUGUUGUUUAAAUACCAGCUGUUGGUAAGUGCACAUCGUGAUGUCAUUGAGUGUGUAGUUGUGCUGCAAACACAAAAAGGUCCGAAUUCCCGCUACCGACAUGUUAGUGCAGCUUCUUGGUGAAACCACAAGUUUUAUGAUGAUUAAAUAUUAUAUUGAGCAGUCAUGAUGGCGUCCGCAGCACCAUGACCCAUGUGUGUUUUUACCCCACUGUUUUGUGGGAUUGAUUUAUUUAAUUUAGAGGUUCCUUCUCAUGUAUCAAAUUGAAUUGUUGAAUAAAUAGUUGCCAAAACAUUUGCUGGUGU